AUGGAAUCCGACUCGUCCUCAUCGGAGGGCAGUACCUCCGGAGACUCAUUGGCCUACUUGGAAGCUCAAUCUGCAGCAGCAUCGGCUAAAUCGGACUCGGAUUCCCUACCUGCGCUCAAAACUGUUGACGGUACGUCAGAUUCGGAGGGCUCAGAUGAAUUGGACCUGGGCAAUGCAAUUACGGUCACAUACAAGCAAGUCCUGGCACCUACCACCGUACGUGUAGAUAGCUUGCCACUGUUUAACUGUCCAGACCGGCGGAUCUUUGUCAACAACAGUACGACGCGGCCUAACACGCUGAUGAGCGGGAUACGUACCAUGAUACGCCAUGAACACUCGUCCGCACGCCAGCUACGGGACGACGAUGUCGGUAGUGCACCGCGAGCACAGAUUAUAGCGCGCUAUCCUGAUGACAUCACAUACAUGUACAUGGCACAGGCCCGCGGUGUAACAACCACUGAGCCCGCCGCGUACCGAACGGCGGGACAACACAAUCUUGAACUCGGCGUCAUCUUAGACCCACAACUCGAAGCUAUGCGCUGCCUCGCUCAGUACGUUGAGUUCAAUGGUGUGCGUGCAUAUGCACUGUUUGAUAGCAGGAGUACCACCACAUUGGUGACCCCGGACUUCGCAUGCGUAGCCAAUCUGUGUACGUUUGAACUCGAACACCCAGUCACUCUUUACCUGGGGUACGUGGGCAGCCGAAGCAAGAUAAACUUUGGCGUGAUCGGGCAGAUGUCCUUUGGGUCGGUCCGUGAUGGCGCGAUGGCGAUCCACGUCGUCAACAUGGACCACUACGACUGCGUUAUAGGCGCAGACACCAGGCGCAAAUACGGCAUGGUGCUCGACUUCAAAGAGAGAGGCAUCCGUAUGGGUGGCACCUGGGUGCCUACUUUUGUGGUGGGGGAGGAGGCAGAUCUCCUCGUGCAACGACGUCAGUGUAAAGUAGCUGCUUGCACAAAACAGGCUCAAAGGUGCAGUGGACCAUCAGAUAAUAAUAACCACGAGGCUCGCAACGGGUGUGCUGCGCCCUGA